GCAGUUCGCAGGGUUGCUGUUUUGAGGGGUCAUCGCAGUUUGAUUGCAUUUUGGAUCAGCAUGGACGAAAAGAGGCGGAUGGGGCCUUCGAAACGUGAUGUUGUGGUGUAGUGCGAGUGUUCGUCGAUGCGGCUCUAAGUUGGCCGCGCCAUAGAAGAUGCCGUGAUGGCAAGAGAGGAGUCCCGCGGAAAGAGACCCUUCAAAUUAUGGGACGGACGUCGUAGCGUUCGCAAGGGGUUGGUGGUGGGCAGUCUCGAUGAGCUAGUGCAGAGGGGUAGAGACAAGCUAGGAGUAUCGUUGGGCGAGCCUGUAAGGGUAGUUCUAGAGAGCGACGGAACCCAGGUAGAGGACGGGGAGUACUUUAGGACCCUACCCGCCAACUCCGUACUCCUUCUGCUCAGACCUGGGGAACGGUGGCUGCCCGCUGGCGUUGAUGUCAUUAAAGCAGUAGCAAUCAGCGCAAUCCCAAAGAUCGUAUGCGAAACGAUACACGCACUCGAGUUGCACGAUGAGCAGCCCUCCUGGAAGAUCAUGGACAACAAGGGCCGGGUCACCGUCGUUUUGCACUGGGACCAACGAUCUGGUCCCUCCAGGGCUUCCUCGGAGGCCCCCUCGCCCGCCCCUGGGAAAUUCUCUCCAAGUAAGCGACCGCCCCUCGUCAUCCAAACCUCGGCCGGCCAGAACGGCCUGCCGAAGAAAGAAACUGUCAUCAACGACGUCUACGUUCCAGGUCCACAGCAGGUGCGCUAUACCAGUCCCCAGAUCACUGUGAUAAACCACGACGACGUCAGGUCAGCGCACAGGCUGUCCAAACAGGGCACUUCGCUGGAGGGCGCCACCAUCCACGUGCACACCCCCGAGUGCGCGCACCAUGUGCACCUGCCACGCGCAGGUAGUCCUCAGAGCAACGGGGUUGAGUGCGACUUCCACUGCUGCGCUCUGCACGAGGAGGGCAGGAAGAUUGCGGUGCACAAGUCGGUGGCGACGUCGCCGAUCCAGGACGCCCAACAGCAGACUUCUCCGCAACCACCGACCUCUAGACACGUGCGUUUUUUAGACGUUGAAGGUGGCGGCCGAAACGGCGGGCAUGACAAGAACAAUGUGCAGUCCGAACACGAGAGUUCUGAAAGCGAAACUGAGAACACCGUGAUGGAGGACGAAGCCGUCACCUCAGAAAAGUUCCUGCUGUUAAUCGAUCAACUUAGUGUAGAACAGAAACGUCACCUGAGCAUCAAAGAUAUCGGUAUAAUCUUAGAGAGACUUAGUUCGAAGAUCCUGGAUGUGGAACGUCUAGACCGCGAAAGUGAAAGUGACGAUUGUUACAAUUGGACUAUAAAGGCGACCAUACGCGGCGACGUCCUCAGGGAGCUGGGCGUCAUCUACAACGGCAACUAUUACGCAAUAUCCGAGCACCCCGGCUACAAGGAGGAGAACGAGGGGGUUGUGGAGGAGGCAGAGGAAGAGGAGGAGGAGGAGGACCGGCUGUGAGAUUACAGACUGCCAUUUUCUUUGUCAUAAGCACAAAAAUCAAGACUAUAAUAAUACAGGUGUGGUAUUUAUUCACAUAUCGCGAUCAUGUCGACGUUUUUCGGAGUUCCACAAGGGACCCUUCGUGGCCUACGACGGUCGACCGACGAAGAGGCGAACCUACCAAUAUUCGUGUUUUUGGUCUUCCUACAUGCGAACUGAGACAGUCUAAAGACGGUUGUUCACACAUACACACCUGUUUUAUGUAGGAUAAUGUUGAACCUGGACGUAAUUUGUUAAUGGUAACAAAACUGUUCGCUUUUAUGGUUGUUGUGUGAGUCCGGGCCAUGGUGACUUACAAAAGAAGUUCGGUGCGUUCUUGUAGCGUCGGACUGUCGUUCGAUUGUCGUGCUGUUUUGUAUAAACAAGGCGAUUUUCCAUUUUUCCUUUAACUAAUAGACUAUGAACUAUAACAAAUUGACAUUAAUUCAUAGGUGUGUUAUCACAAUGCUGGAUCAUUGCAGAAUGAAGAUCUGGUAACACAAAAUUCACUGUUCGUAUUUCUGUUCUUUUUGCGACUCGACAAGAAGGUUUGUCGAUGAUAGAGCGAUCUUAGCGAAUAACAUGUUUCAAUUUCAUACGUUUUAAUUAAUUGUCUGCUAUGUAGUGAAUUUCAAAGUUUUCUCGCUGUUAAAACCAUAUUCAGGGUGUUAGUGAAUAAGUGCAACAAACUUCAGAGCAGAGGGUGACUCUCCAUGAAAAAAAAAUGGAAAGUUUACUAAAUAAUUUUCAUUCGCAAAUGAUUCGUAUUCCGUCAAAGGUUUUCUUAAAAACCGAUGAUUCACUUAUUGCUCUGAAACCGAUAGAUAUUCAAAUGGAAUUUGAUGAAUAGUUAUUGUGAAAAUUUAUUAAAAUGCAAUUGAAAACUUUAUGUUCAU